GGCAAAGCAAGGGUGGAGAACAACAGGGCGAAUUUGAGUUUCCCACAGGAUCUCCACAGGAUGGCAACCAUUGACGAUAAGCGCGGGACCAAGGAAGAAGAAGAAGACUUCCUGACCGGCCCGCUGUCUGUGUUGAUGCAGAGCGUCAAGAACAAUUCCCAAGUGCUCAUCAACGUGCGCAACAAUCAUAAGUUAUUGGCCCGCGUCAAGGCGUUUGACAGACAUUGCAACAUGGUCUUGGAAAAUGUCAAGGAAAUGUGGACCGAAGUGCCCAAGUCCACGAAGGGCAAGGGCAAGCCGAAGAACGUCGAGCGCUUCAUCAGCAAAAUGUUUCUCCGUGGGGACUCGGUCAUCUUGGUGUUGCGGAACCCCCAUGCAUAAAUGACGUUGCUGUUACACUUCAAUACCACACAAUCCACAACCCUUCCAUCGACUUCCA